AUGCAGUUGUAUGUACUGUUUAUUUCCCUCUCGAGUUUUGCACUACUUCUCUUGAUGGUACUAACAUUCACAAUUCAACCAAACACCAAUUUCCCAAAGAAGUCUUAUUUGGUGUACACACAAUUUUUGAAUGACAAACAAGAGAAGUUGAUUUAUAGUAAAGAAGACGUGUUAUUGCACAACAAAGAAUAUAACAAACAACACCCAAAACCAAUUGCAAAUACAACAAAAAACAACAAAAACGAGUAUUACAGAGAUCUGAGAAUGGAUACAGAAGGAAUAGAAGAUUUCAAAGAAGACAAUACCCAUCUCUAUCGCAACCUCUUCAAAAUAUUUCGAUUCACAAAGCCUCGAAAAAGUGUUCCAGUAGACUUCUCAAAAAGUAUUGAAGGUCUUCCAGAUGAAUGUGGAGGGCAUUUGGAUGCGCUUUGGCUUUGGGUCAAUGGGAGUGAAGAGAAGUGGGUUGAAAGUGUCAAGAAAUACAAGCCGGACUAUGACUCAGCACGAUUCAGAGAUUACAACACACUUUUGUACUCGAUGAGAAGUGUAUAUAAAUACGCGCCGUACAUCAAGAGAUACUUUUUGGCAACAGCAGACCAAGUCCCAAGUUACUUGAAUGCGCCACUUGGAGAGACUUCUUUUAUUCUGAAAAGUCACAAUACAAAUCAGAGUAAAUACUCACAUGCAAAACAACACAAAGAGAGUGUGGAGGACGUCUAUAACAAUCACAGAGACAAAGAUCUGUAUACACUUGAAUUGGUGUCACACUCCGAAUUUGUCGAUAACAAGAGUCUUCCAUUGUUCAACUCAGACGCACUCGAAAGUCGAAUUCAUCACAUCAAAAAUCUUGGAAACUGUUUUGUCUAUUUCAACGACGACUUCUUGUUGGCGAGACCAACUCCAAUCAGUUACUUCUUCAAAUACGGCAAAGUGCACCGGUAUUGUUCGAUUGAUUAUGACGCACAGAAAUACGCACACGUCUCACAACACCAAAACUCGACGUCCGUUGCAAAUGGACUGAUUAAUAAACGAUUUGGGUUAUCAAAAGACACACAACACUAUUUCCAGUCGCAUGUAGAAUACACGUUAUUGAAAACAUCAUUACUUGAACUCGAAAUGGCGUUUCCUGUUGAGUUUGAAAAACAACAAAAUUUGAAAUUCAGAGAGUUUGGUGCAAUUAAUAUGCAACACCUUGCUAUGCAUUAUAUGAGAUACACAGGAAAGGCAUUUCAGACAUUUGAAAUGGAGUGGAACUACUUCUUCGACUUCAAAAUAAAUCACAACAAAAACCAUGAAAGUUUAUUUAGAAUUAAUGAGACAGAACCUUACUCUAUUUGUAUCAAUGACGCUUUGAACGGGUAUGACAACGAUCCAGAAGCGGGAGACAAAGAAAUCAGAUACGUGUUGAGAUUUUUACAGAGAAUGUUACCAGAGAAAACGCCAUUUGAACUCGAUUUUGAAAGUAAAUAA